GGUCCUGGGUGGGCGGGGCAUAACAAAAAAGUAAUGGCCAUCUAUUUAGGUUCUAAAGAAGGGGAGAUAUUUGUCGUCGGUCUACCGCAGAUGUAUUAAUUUUCUUUUAGUUCAUGCUUGCGUUUGUCCCGCGGUGAUACCUCGCCGCGUUUCAGCCCCUGUUUUUUGUUGUAUUUCCGUCGCCCGCGGCCUGAAAACGGUUAAUAAGGUGGCUGAACUUGAUACCGCGUUUUAGGGUUAACCAGCCAGCUAGCCACGCUAGCUAUCAGCGCCGUGAGCCAACGUUUGGAAGGGCGUACGAGUUUGACGUUUUCUCUCAAGUGCCCUCACAUUUCGGAGCUUUCUACAACGCAGACCCCUCUUCCCCUUUAUCUUUAGCGAUCUGCAAGUAAAUAUGGAGGGGAAAUACUUUGUACGAGCCUGACGACGGCAACGACGACUUAAGGGAUUAAGAGCAAGUCGGUCUUGAUGGGGAAAAGUUGAGCUGAGGAUUAACAACUUGGGAUAAAUUGGUGAAGAAAGGUUUCGAGUCUUUCCUAUUGUACAAGGGCAUGCGACAACCUCAGUGAUGGAGUCCUCGGCUGUGAGUACCUCAACUCUGGCCCCUGAUGAGUUUGACAGGAACGCACCACGGAUCUGCGGCGUGUGUGGUGACAAAGCCACUGGCUUCCACUUCAAUGCCAUGACCUGCGAGGGCUGCAAGGGUUUUUUCAGACGCAGUAUGAAGCGCAAAGCCACCUUCACCUGUCCCUUCAACGGCAGUUGCACCAUCACCAAGGACAACAGGCGCCACUGCCAGGCAUGCCGGCUCAAACGCUGCGUGGACAUCGGCAUGAUGAAAGAGUUCAUCUUGACAGAUGAGGAAGUGCAAAGGAAGAAAGACCUGAUUCAGCGGCGGAAGGAUGAGGAGGCGCAGCGUGAAGCACAGAGGGAGGCCCGGCGGCCCCGACUCACUGAGGAGCAGAGUCAGGUCAUCGCCACCCUGGUGGAAGCCCAUCACAAGACUUACGAUGACUCCUACUCUGACUUCUCCCGCUUCAGGCCACCGGUGCGUGACGGCCCAGUGACACGUAGUGCCAGCCGAGCUGCCUCUCUCCAUUCUCUGUCUGAUGCCUCCUCUGACUCCUUCAGUCACUCUCCAGAGUCUGUUGACACCAAAAUGAACUUCAACAACCUGCUCAUGAUGUACCAGGAGCACGGUAGCAGCCCGGACUCCAGCGAAGAGGAGGGCUCACGUCUCUCCAUGCUGCCCCACCUGGCUGACUUGGUCUCCUACAGUAUCCAGAAGGUCAUCGGCUUUGCCAAGAUGAUCCCUGGGUUCAGGGAGCUGACUGCAGAGGACCAGAUUGCAUUGCUUAAGUCCAGCGCCAUCGAGGUGAUCAUGCUGCGCUCAAAUCAGAGCUUCAACUUGGAGGACAUGUCCUGGAGCUGUGGUGCGCCUGACUUCAAAUACCAGAUCAGCGAUGUCACUAAAGCGGGCCAUACUCUGGAGCUGUUGGAGCCCCUGGUGAAGUUCCAGGUCGGCUUGAAGAAGCUCAGUCUCCAUGAGGAAGAACACGUGCUGCUGAUGGCCAUCUGCUUGCUUUCCCCAGACCGUCCAGGGGUGCAAGACCACGCACGCAUCGAAGCCUUGCAGGACCGACUGUCGGAGACUCUGCAGGCUUACAUCCGGCUUCACCACCCAGGCGGACAGCUGCUUUAUGCCAAGAUGAUCCAGAAGCUGGCUGACCUGCGCAGCCUGAACGAGGAGCACUCCAAGCAGUACCGCUCGCUCUCCUUCCAGCCCGAGCACAGCAUGCAGCUCACCCCACUGGUGCUGGAGGUGUUCGGCAGUGAAGUCUCUUAGAGGCCAGCGCUGAACCUCAUCUGCAAUGGAGAGAAGACCCUCAGUGGUCAAGGAGGAGGGAGGGUGCUGAGGAUGUGCUGGAUGGACUGUGGAUGGAGGUGUGGAGUAGGGAGGGAUUGGGAGGGAGACGAGUGUGUGUUGCGUGCGUGCGUGGUUGCUUGUAUGUCUUGUGUUUAAAGGAGUUUAUCUAGUCAUAAAGAUAUAGGUCAGAAGUUGUGUGGAGAGUAGGCAGAUAUUGAAAGAGACACAGCAAACAAGGGAACUUCAUAUGAUACAAAUUAAAACCAUACACACAACCUCUGCCUAUAUAUUUGAGAUAGUAUUUUGUCUAUAUUUAAACCAACAAACCGCUGCUUAAUACGCCUGGACAGUGUAUGUACACAUGCCAUAUACACACCAACACAACAAACAUACUCACUUGUUCAUUUAGCCAUUCAGUUUGAGCUACCUCUUGGUUUUACUAGGGUUGUUUUGAAUUUGCAUCACCUAUGUGAAACACUACCUUUUCCACAAAACAAUAAAGAUACGGUAAGAAUGAGUUUUAUCGGUGCAAACACAUUUAUCAGUGCCUGCACAUUACUUUGGACUUUUUUGACAUUUUGAAAUACACUUUCUGUCCUCAUCUGCUCCUUUCCAAGGCAAUGUGUGUAUAUGUCUUUGUAUACACCUCAAGCACAUGCCUCUCACCUUUCACCAAAGGUAUAGUCAACUACUUUCUCAAAAGCUUCCAAUAUCUAAAAAUAACCUUACACCAUGGCCUUUUCACAGAUACAGUUGCUCUACCUGCUAGCAAGAUAUCUGACUAGCCUCAAAGAACUUAUGAAGGAAAUGUCUUUUACUUAUAGGUUUAUACUGCAGAGUACAGAAUCUAGUCUGUAAUUUAGCGAGAGUUUGAAUGGGUUUGGGGUGGGUGCUUUUGAGGUGAGUAUUAGCCACUAAAUGUGUUAGCUACUUUUACACUGCUAACUGUCAAUCAAACCAAGCCUGCAUUAUGGCUGGUUGUUCUUCUCUUUUUUUGGAAAUUGAUUUGCUGUAAAUAGUUAAUUGCUACACAUGUAUCCUAAGCACUGUUAUACCACCUUUUACUCAAGCCUACGUAUUGAUAUAUGUACUAUCGCAGAUUUUAAAGGGCUACAAUGCCAAAUCUAACUGGAAUAGUAAAACGAGGCCAAAGCAAGCCAGCUAUGGGCCUGUCUUGUAUUAUACAGCCACAUACCAUACCAGGAAUUGGCAUAGAUAAGGAUGUAAUGGCAAUGGAUGCUUUUUUUAUUUUAACAUAACUUCACCUUUAAGACAAUUCCAUGAAUUGUUCCUCCUCAGUAUACAGUGAGCUAGGUGGGCGGAGAGCUCAACAAGCUGCUUCAGACCUCCACAGAUAUCACCCCUUUCGUUUCUGACUGGGAAGUGGAUUUUCUAGAAUGUCUGAGGACCUGGUUGUUGCAGUGGCGAGCACCCCUGACACCCAGGUCCUCCCGUUCGAUGAUGUAUGCUGCGCAGCCCUCUAGUGGCUGUAUCAUGUAAAUACCAGGUAUAUAUUAAAUGUCUUCAGCUGUACAUAGGGCUACAUAGAUAUUACUCUAGUCUAAAUUUUCGAGAAAUAUAUAUGCAAAUACAAUAUUGACCCUUUUUGUUUUAUGAUCCAUUAUCACCCUGUUUCGAGACUCUGUGCUCCUUUGACUUUGUACAUGUUUUUGGAAAGAAUGAGUGAGGAGAGGCUUAAUCGGGGGUUGAUUGCGUAUUUGACACAGUCAAGCGCUUUUUUGUUUGUUUAGCGGUGGGUUGAUUUCUUUAGAUAAUUUCCAGGAUUCAUUUUUGAGAAAUAGGGUGUUGUACAAGCUGAACAUACAGUGCUGCUCUCUAAUAUAAGCCAUAUAGACCACCAAGCUAGUUAUACAACUGAUACACUAUAAUAGAUUGAAACCGAUAAUGAGUCCAGAGCCUUGGAUAUGCUGAUAAUAUAAUCCAGUGUACUCAUAUGCUGUAUAUCUAUGGCUUUGGAUGAUCCUGUUAGGCUUGUGCACAAUAGGAACUGAUAUGCCUUCUUUCUACCUUGAGUCGUCUUUGGCUUGUGCUUCAUUAGACAUCACCUAACGGCUUAUAAGCUGAAUUUCUCAGAGCAUUAGAACGCUUAACAUUUCAAGGCCAGUAAUGUAUGGUUUGCUGCAUUCGAGAUUAUGGUAAGACUAUGUAAAUGACAUCUUUGUUUCUGCUUGUCUCACAACCCCUCAGAGACAUUGCCCCAAACAAACUUUAACUCGAUGUCCCUCCAGGAACAGUCAUACCACAGAUCUUACACAGGAGGCAACCUCACUGUGGCCUUGAAUCCAAGAAGAAAAUUCCUUGAAGACGACAUGAUGGUCUUGAACUUUUCCAUCCUGACUUCUUUGUGUUUUCUGCAACAUACCUUGCCUGUUAUUGGCCCAGGGAGCUUCUUGUGACAUCAUCUCAGUCAGCAGACCGGGGCUUUUUGUGAUCUUGCCUUUCAUGGAGGAUGUAGAGAGAAAACAUAUUUGUGUUGUUGAGCGGAAAGACAUGUUCCUCACGACUGCUUUGUGUCACUCAUCCUUGAGGAGAGUUGUAGCACAUGAUGCUUGAAUCUUGGUCUUUUGAACCUAUAAUAGGAUUUUAAGUCGCCUCCGUCAUUAUGGCUUUAUUCCAGUUUGUGCUAUCAGCCUCUGUGAAUAUUUGGAUAUUCUGCAGGCUGACAUUUCGAUGGUUGAAUGAUCAGCUGAUUGAUUUGCAAAGCACAGAUAGUAACUAGAUUUAGGGUGUUUUGAUAGACGCCUAAUAAUCGUGAUUACUUUGGAAUUCAUCCUGAAAAUCAUGGCAAUUAUAUACUUUAUAUAAUUAGUGAUUACUAUCCAAUAAAUUCCCCAGGUGUGACUGAGACGUAAGGAGUUGAGACUACCGUGUCUUUAGACAGUACCACUCAUAUGUACAGUAUGCCAGUUUGAUGAGGGGUAUGAUGUGCUUGGUUAUUGAAUAUGACUUUUGAAGUUUGGAAAGUCUCCAUGUUGAUUUUCAGAAUACAUACCUCUGUAUGUAGAUAUAGGUUUGAUCUACGUUUUAUUUUCUUUGCGAUAGAGAUACAGUGCUGAUUUGUGUAUGUACAAUACAGUGGGAGGUUUGGUUAUCAUGUAAGUGCCACAGGGAGAGUUCCUUUUACACAAGAACAGGGUAAAGGAGGAGUUGCUCUUGGGAAUUUGAAAACCAAACAGGAAAAAUCUCAGGGAUGCAUCAUGUUGCUUUUAAGUGAAUAAAAACAGUAUAAUCAAUACCACACAUUACAGGGGAAUUCUGGCCCAGUGCAAGGGUUUCCACUAUUAUGAUGUAUACAUACCUUUCUUCCUGACUGCCUAUUUCAAUCUGUGCUUACAUAAUGUCCAGAUAGAGCUAAAUGCAAAUGUGGUGCAUGUCUGACCUUUUUCCUUUGGUUUUACUACAGAUAGCUGCUCAGAAUCUGUAAAUGUUAACUCUGAUUUGUGUUUGUUAUAAUACUGGAACCUGAAAACCAUAAGGCAAUGGAAAACUAACAAAUUAGAUAGGUUUGUCUUUGGUAAGAUUUCCUUCACCCGAUAGAUUGGAAACAUUACACACAGUAACAAUGCCUGCAAUAUACAACUCAUGGUACACUAUCACCAGCAAGCUUUACAGUUUAUCAUGUUCGUAAACAUUUUUGAAGUUUUCUUGUAUAAUGGUUUUACAAAACUUGCCAUUACAAAUCCUGUCUGUAAAACAUGUAUUAGUAUAUUCCUCAAAGAAAACAGCUGGCCAUCUCAUGUGAUGGCUUUCAAGUCAUUUUUUCCCAACAGGACAGGGAUUGUAAUGGAAACAACUCAAUGUAGUUCUUAAAAAAGGGGUGUCCACAAUGGAUGUACACCAUAAUCUACCUGAAAAAACCUACCUCUUUUAGCUACAGAUUUUGCUUUAGCAUUAAGCAGUUGCCUCUGUUUUUACUUUUGUAAUAUUUGUAUUCAUGUUGGUAUUUAUUGCUGUCUAAUGAAUCAUACUUCAGUGAUUACCUCAGAGAUAUCUCACAGAUUGGGAGAGUCUAGCUAAUGAAGUCAUUCAUAGUUUGUUUGGUUUUUUGUACAGUUUUUUUCCUCCGACUAAGCAUUGCCUUUUUUAACGCACAAAACACCAGGACUUGUUUUUAUAUACAGUGCCUGCACUCUUACCAACGGGGCUCAGACUGGUUAGGGGUGAGGCUGCAUUUAUUCCAAAAGUGGCAUCCUUCAUUUACUUCAUUUGCUCAGUCCUUGAGAUGUCUAAGUAGCUUUCAGCAGUACUUGCAAUUAAUUCAUUUUGUCAUGUUGCUGAUAUCUACCUUGCCUUUGUAGUUCUUAAGGGCAAAUUGAAAAUACAAACUUUCUGGAGUGAAUGCAGCUCCAUAGGAUGAAUGACCUGAAAGACUUUGUGGCAGAUGGAGAAAUGAGAGAUGUGUAUAUGCUCCUCUUGGUACAGUUAGCAUGGCCUUUGCUCUUUAGUACACCAUCCUUACCUUGUCCGUUUUACUUGCCCCAUCAUUUCUUACAUACCCUCUCCUGGUCUUCCCCUCUCCUUCUGCCCUGCAGUUGGCUCCCACACCUUCGUCAUUCCCUGACAGUCUUUUGAUUUUCAGAAGAGGGGAAUUAGGAGAGGUCCAAGCUCAGUAUACAUGCAAUGCUGCUUUAUCUUGAGCAUCACCAAGCCGCGUGUUAUUGACACUACAUAAAGUGGGCAGAGUCCCAAGUGUCUGCCUCAUGACAGUCCACAUUGAAAGAUCGUGUCUUUUGAAACGUAGUAAACUUAGUGAUGCUUAUUGGAAAUACAUCCAAUCAGAUUAUAGUAACCAUAUCAGUGGAGCAACUACUCACCUUGGUGAAUUUAAACUUUGAAGUUUUUUCUAUUCUUGUCAAACUGCUUCAGUUAAACACUGAAUGAAAUUAAGAGUUUUAUUGAAAUUGAAAAUGAAACGUAGUGAAUACUAAGGAACACUGUGGCCAUAGUCACAUAUGCCCUGAGCUGUGCCAUAUGACCCUUGAUAGGCAGGGGAGGAUUUUAUGAAGCUGGCUUCAAAUGUUCACCAGCUAAACUUUGAGACAAAACAAUUUAAAUGAAA